ACUCGGAGAAAUAUAUACCGUGUAUAUUAUAAACGCUGCCAUGUCCCCCCUUGCUAUUCCUAAGGCUCACAAAGUCGUAAGUAAAGCCUCUCCGCCGAGCGGCCCGCGCUUUUCUAUCUUUUGUCCAACAUAGGCCGCGGGCGCAAUGUGGCAGCUCCCCGCCGAGGCCACGGGCGUUGCCGUUGCCGUCCUUGUGUACUCGGCUAUCUGCUGGGUCUGCAACGGCCUGAUGCUAUGGCUCGCGUGGGUGCACAACGAGCGUCUGAGCUACGUGGCCUGUAUAUCCUAUUUCCCACUGCUGUCGACCACAUUCAGCAUCGUCCAGCAGCUUCAUGACUAUAUCUGGUGGGAAGAUGUCGCCGUCGCCGCCUGGGAGAACAGGGUAGCCAAUGUGGGAAACCCUGUCUUGGUAAUUUCCAACGGAUCUCCAGGGAUUGAUCUAGUUUUCUUCUAUAUUCAGUACUACUGUUACAUUGUCGAGGCGACCUUUGUUCUCUUCUGGGCUUUCUCCUUGAUGGCCUCGGUAUAUGGCUGGUCUUCGAGGCCCCGGUGGCGCAAGACUUUUGCUUGCAUCAAUAUUGUUGGCAAAAUUGUGUCGGUGAUUUUACCAUUGAUCACGAUCUGCCUGCUGCAAGUUAAGAUAAUUCAAAAGAAUUUUGUCGCUUUCCUUAUCAUAGCGGACUUCGAGUUUAUCGUGAGCUGUGGUGGAGGCGCCAUUUUUCUUCUCAUGAUCCUAGUGCAAUACGUUCGAUCAAGAACCCAGUUCCAGAUGUCGAGUUUCGGCUAUGGUUGCAGCUCUGCCAACACCGAUACCGACACCCGACGAAGCUACGUCUACCCGCGAUCGAGACGGCCUCGGGGUAUCUACGACAAGUGGCUAGUAGUCCGCUUUACUAUCGCGUUCGUCGCUCUCGCCAUCUUCGAGGCGGCCAUCUCGACGUUCCAAGUCAACGGACAGCAGAACAACACUGUUGAUUCCCUAUCGGACCGGCCAAACGCCAGCGCAAGCACAGCCAUCCGGUCAUCUCUACAAGACCUGCCAGGUGUCACGGCGUCACUGAUACCGUUCAUCGUCUUCGGCACGACGAGACCCUUCCGGCAGAAGAUCUGGGAGACGUUCGUUCCGCAGUGCCUGCGGAGAAGGCGGAGGUCUCUGAGAAGAAACACCCUUCCCUACACGAGCCGGUCGUCCGUACAGCCACAACGCCCGCUCACCGCGAUCCGGGUCUCCAAGGGCGUCGACAUCUCCUACAGCACAAACGAGCUGACGACGCCGACCCGGAGCUCGAGCAACUACGACAGGAUAUCUGAUGACGAAAAGAGAAUGUUACCGCCACCCCCGCCGCCCGCCAGCAUACCCGGGAGGGUGCCCGCGAGGGGUCCCUGGGAGGAUCGCUGGGAGCCGGACCGUAACGUGCAUGGUGUGCGCUGGGAGAUUUCGGCGGGCGGUCAGAAGAGCGGUGUUAGUGGUUUGCGGGGUAAAUAAUAACGAUGAUGAUAUUAAUGAUAAUGAUGAUGCGUAUACAACACAUAUGGCAU